GAAAUCCAGACUCCACCUGGAAUGUGGGCCAAACUCGGAUCUGAGGGUGCAGUCAUAUGACUCCCAGACGGCUGAAUGAGAGUCAACACGGCUGGAGUUGGUUCACUGAAACGUAUUCAACAUAGUUUUUCAUCUUGGACGAUUUGUUGUAAGUAAUCGCUCGUGGCUGGUUUGAACUCCAGUCCGCACAGGGAGAUGGGAAGCGACGCGUUGUUUUGGCAGCUGUAGUCUGCAGGAGGAUGACAGCUUGUUGUUGUUGUCUGUUGAGGAUUUGUGGAUGCAGCUCUUCUUCACCUGUGGAGGUGAUCGCGUACUCUGCAGGUUCAAAUGGAAGAACUUAGGAAUUGGCGUCCACUGCAGACAGCAGGAGAAGGGACGAGCUCCACAGAUCGUCAGCAGUCACAUGGCGGCUUCCAGAGACAAGUAGCAGUGGUCAAUUCCCCUGCUCUGUCCGCCGCACGACUCACCUUACCUGGAGUCAUGGACGCCGAGGGGAGGGUGGACGAGUCAAGACUAAGGAUGCAUAUCUUCAAAAACGGUGGCGUGUCUCCAUCUGAACGUGGCCUUGUGUGGCGUUUCCUGUUUGGGAUGUACCCGUGCAGCUCGACAGCCUUAGAGCGCUCACUUCUGCAGGAGCAGCUGGUUGUACGUUACAGUGUCAUGAAAAGAAAGUGGCAGCAGCUCCUUCCUGCAGCUGUGCACAUUCACCUCAACGGCACUGAUGCUGAGUUAGUGGCAGCAGUCCGUUACUUUGACCAGAGGCAGGCACGGGCCCAACAACAGACCCAGGACCAGUCUGGGGAGGUCUGGGAAAGACUGGCUUUCUUGGAACUUCAAGCACAGAUACUGUUUGAGCGAGCCACAUUUGACCAGGAGGAGCUGCGGGAAGCAAUACGAAUCAUUGACAAGGAUGUGCCGAGAACUAACAGAGACCUGAGCUAUUACCAGGGCGAAGGUUCAGCCAAUCUGCUGGUGUUAAGAGAUAUCCUCAUCACAUAUGCUGCUUUUCACCCAGAGGUCAGUUACGCUCAAGGCAUGAACGACCUGUGCAGCCGAUUCCUUGAGGUUCUUGACUCGGAGGUGGACACUUUCUGGAGUUUUUCCUGCUACAUGGAGAAAUUCUCCAAGGACUUCAGGGCUGAUGGUCUUCACAGAAAAAUAGAGUUGGAGGCAGCGCUGCUGAAAGAACUGGAUCCUCAGCUAUAUGCUCAUUUAGUCACAGACAGUAUGGAGAGCUUCACCUUCUGCCACAGGUGGCUGCUGCUGGGUUUCCAGAGGGAGUUUGAACACAGCGACGCUUUACGUUUGUUUGAGAUCCUGAGUUGUGACCACCUCGAGCUCAUCUCCCAACAAGUAGACCGAGCCCGUUAUCAGGAGAGACUGGCACGAAAAUACAGCACAGAGGAGAAUUCAGAGUCAAAUCUUCAGGCCAUCAACACUGACUUCACCUUUGAGCUCUUCAUCUGUGCGGCCAUCCUGUUGGAGAACAGAGACGCUCUGCUCAAGUGUCGAGAUGAUGUACAACUUAUCCAGUUUACUAGCAGCCUUCAGGGAACACUGGACCUGAACAGCACGCUGAAGAAAGCAGAGCAUCAUCUGUACAACUACUGCAAGCGCUGUGCUUGGGACUAUAUGAACGGGCACUGCAGAACACACAAGAGCAAAGAAGAGGACUUUCUUUGUCAGCUGCGGAGUUUACUUGUUUUAAAGUGAUGGUUACUAUUUGAAUAUCUGACAUCAAAGACUGCUAUGAUACUGUAAUUUCUAGCGGGACAUAAAAUCCCUAUUUUUUAAUUUGAUGGAACAUAUUUUUUGUCUUAGUUUUUAUUGCUGAGGGAAACACACUACUGUAGUGAUUGCUGCUGACCUUAAGUUUGAUCAGUAACUGCUGGUCAUUUCAAAUGUACAGUAUUUAUUAUGUGAAAGCCUACAAACACCAACUGUGACAAUUUUUGGUUUUGAGUAGGUCAGAGUCAGCACUUUUAAGGACUUGUUUUCCAAGUUAUGAAAUAUUCAACUUCUUAAAAAACCCACCACUGAAUACUGAUCUGGUGUCGCAACAGGUGGUGUCUGAAACGAAACACAGUUAUAUGUAAUGCCAGAUGGCCUAUGUGUCAGAGAGGCCUAUGUAACAAGAAUAGAUAUGUCCAGUUCUUGGGCUCUGGCAGAGGGACCAUGCACGAAGGGGAAUGAUGACUGCACAACUGUGUCUUGAAAAGAGAAUGAAAUUUCACAAUAGUUGUCAUGAAAACGAUACCUCAAUAAAACCACUGAUGAUUGUU